UUAAAAAUUUCAGGACAUGAUGAAGAAUUAACUUAUGCUUCUUCUCAUCAUUCCCAGAAGUUGGUUGUCACUGCUUCUAGAGACACUACAUUUAGGUUGUGGGAUUUUCGUGAAGCUAUAAACUCAGUUUCAGUUUUUCAAGGUCAUACUGAUACAGUUACUUGUGCGGUUUUCACAUCUGCUGGACUUGGCGGAGAAGAUAAAUUAGUAUCUGGGUCAGAUGAUCGGUCUAUAAAAGUUUGGGAGCUACGUAAUAUGCGCUCUCCAAUUACUACCAUCAGAGCUGAAUCUGGUGUAAAUCGUUUUGCUAUUGCUUCUAAUGGUGUUAUMGCUAUUCCUCAUGAUAAUCGACAAGUUAUGUUGUAUGAUAUGACUGGACAACGAGUUAACAGAAUACCCAGAACAGCUAGAAAUAGACAUAGACGUAUGGUAACAGCUGUUGCGUGGAGUGAAGAUAAUUCAUUUGCUAACCUAUUUUCUUGUGGAUUUGAUCGAUUAGCAUUAGGAUGGUCUGUUCAGUUAUGUAAGGACUAAUCCUUAUUUAUUUAUCAAGUUAAAGUAUGUCAAAUAUAUAAAUGGCUUGUCAACAUUAUUACUUCUUUUUCUGUUUCCUAUUUUUUUUUGUGAGUGUGUAAGCCCUAACUUAUAUUGUGUAAAACUCAGAAAGUAUUAAAUUAAAAUUUAUAUAUAUAUAUUAUAUUGUAUUAACAUUGUUACAAUUUGUU